AUGCUGAUCACUGGUCGAUCCUGCGGACAGAAGACUGUCAAACUGGAGGCCAUGAGCGCCACAACCAACCAUGCCACUCUCAUCGCUCGAGCCAUCGUUUCUCUCGCCAUGAUCUUCUUCUUCUCCGCCGUCUGCAAGUCCGACCCGGACCUCCUCUUCGACCACUGCGUCGCCGACACGGCCGCCGCCGCGGCGUUCCACUUCAACGGCCUGCCGUGCAUCGACCCGGCGACGGCGCGCGCCGACCACUUCGCCACCUCGGCGCUCUCCGAGCCCACGGACCCGUCCGCCACGCUCUUCGGCUUCAACGCGACGGUGACCAGCCCGGCCGCGUCCCUCCCCGGCGCGAACGCGCAGGGGCUCGCCAUGGCGCGCAUCGACCUGGCCCCCGGCGGCAUGGCGCCGCUGCACUCCCACCCGCGCGCGUCGGAGGUGGCGCUCGUGCUCUCCGGCGGCGUGCUGGUGGGGUUCGCCGACACGUCGUACCGGCUCUACACGCAGCGGCUGCGCGCCGGCGAGGCGUUCGUGUUCCCGAGGGGCAUGGUGCACUUCAUGCGCAACGAGGACGUCUCCGCCCCCGCCGUCGUGCUGUCCGGGCUCAACAGCCAGAGCCCCGGCGCGCAGCUCGUGCCCUUGUCGGCGUUCCGGACGGAGCCGCGCCUGCCGGACGAGGUCGUCAAGAAGACGUUCAGGAUCACCGGGCAGGACGUGCAGAGGAUACAAAGGAGCCUCGGUGGGUCGUAGGGGGGAAGAUCGCCUCCGCUUGCAUCGAUUUAGUACUGUACUCGGCUACUCGGUAGAUAAUUACUCGUGUGCUACCACAGGAGUCUAAAUAUUGUACGCAAUCAUCAUGAUUUACC